GGCGUGUGGGCCUCUCUCACUGGCGGCUGGUUUUUCGACCCGCACCAGAGCACCUUCUCCAACUGCUUCCACCUGUACACCUGGCUGCUGCUGCUGGCCCUGCCUUUUCUCCUCUACAUGGUUCUGCCCCCCAGCAUGUUGGUGGCAGCCGUGUACUGCCUAGUGGUAGCGGUUGUCUUCACCACUAUCAAGACGGUCAACUACCGGCUCCAUGCCAUGUUCGACCAAGGGGAGAUUGUGGAAAAGAGGAAUUCAACUCUGGGGGAGGCCGAGGAAGAGCCCACCCCAGGGGACAGCAAUUUGCCCAGAGAUCCUGGAGUGGAGAUGACAGUGUUUCGAAAAGUGAGCUCAACACCCCCUGUGAGGUGCAGCUCACAGCACUCCGUGUUUGGUUUCAAUCAGGUCACGGAACUGAUACCCCGGAUAGAGGAUUCUGGGCCACUCAGAGACAUCAAAGAACUGGUUCGAGAGCAGGGCAGCAACAAUGUGAUUGUGACCGCCGCCGACCGCGAGAUGCUAAAGCUGAACUCUCCAGAAAAGCUGCUUGGAGAUCUUCCCCAAACUCCCCCAGGGCCUCCUCCCCCAGCCCCUUCCCUGCCCAGCACAGACUCCUCCGAACGUUCCCCCCUGGCUGGCCACAGGGGUCCCCCCUGGAGUGGAGCAAGUGGGGCAGACACACCCAUGAGCCCCCUGCUCAAAGGGAGUCUCAGCCAAGAGCUGAGUAAAAGCUUCUUGAACCUGCCUCUGCCCGACCGGCCACUUGUGCGCACCAGCAGCCGGAAGGAGAAGCGGGGUGGGGCCGGCUACCAGCCCCUAGACCGGCAAGGCUCGGGGGACCCUGUGCCCCAGAAAGCUGGCUCCUCGGACUCCUGUUAUAGCGGCACUGACAAGGAGACCCUGAGCAGCUUUAAGAGCGAGAAGACCAACUCCACUCACCUGGAUAGCCCCCCCACAGGCCAUCCAAGGGACGGCAGUGACACGGACCCACCGUCUGAAGGUGACCUCCCCCCUUCCCCUGAUGCCGGGGUCCCCUCCGACGACACCCUGCGCUCCUUUGACACAGUGAUCGGGGCUGGCACUCCUCCUGGGGGCCCUGAGCCCCUCUUGGUCGUCCGGCCCAAGGACCUGGCUCUGCUUCGGCCUGGCAAACGCAGAACCCCGAUCCGCCGGCACUCCCCCCCGAACCGAGCCCCCCGGCGCCCUUACCCUGUGCCAGGCCGCCCCCUGCUGGAAGGUGGGGGCUUUUUUGAGGAUGAGGACACAAGUGAGGGCAGUGAGCUGAGCCCAGCCUCGAGCCUUCGGUCCCAGAGACGCUUUAGCACUGACAGUUCCUCUUCUACCUCCUGUUAUUCCCCUGAGGGGUCCAGGGGGGCUGGGGGUGGGCCCCGAAAGCGACGGGCUCCCAGGGGGGCCGAAGAAGGGGCCACGGUGCCCCCUAAGCGUCCAUAUGGAGCCCAGCGAACCCCCAGCACCGCCAGCGCCAAGACACACGCCCGCGUGCUCAGCAUGGAUGGGGCUGGGGGUGAUGGCCUUCGGGCCCCCCUGGCAGGCUCCAAAGCAGAGUUAGAGGCCCAGGCUGGGGGUGAGCCCACAGUGGCCUUGGCCUCCCUACCACCGUCAGACAGCUUUGCUCUGGGGAGCCGAAGGGGUCCCGCUGCCAACCAGCCAGGUUGGCGGGGGGAGCUCCAGGAAGAAGGCGCAGUUGGGGGUGGGGCUGCCGAGGAGAGUACCAGGCGUGACCGGUCAAGCAGCGUGCGGCGAACCCAGGCCAUCCGGAGGCGCCACAAUGCCGGGAGCAACCCCACCCCACCCUCAUCUGUCAUGGGCUCUCCCCCAAGCCUGCAGGAGACCCAGAGAGGCCGAGCAGCCUCCCACUCCCGAGCCCUGACCCUGCCCUCGGCCCUCCACUUUGCUUCAUCUCUGCUGCUGCCUCGGUCAGGAGCCAACGUGCAUGAGGCCUGCACUUUCGACGACACUUCGGAGGGUGCUGUGCACUAUUUCUACGACGAGAGUGGGGUGCGCCGUUCCUACACCUUUGGCUUGGCAGGGGGAGGCUACGAAAACCCUGUGGGACAGCAAGUCAGUGGGGAACAAGGGACCAAUGGGGCCUG